AUGGCGAGACAGGACGCCGUGAGAUGCGUGCGCCUUUUCCUCUGCGCGCUCAACGUGCUCUUCUGGCUGAUGUCGGCGUGCAUUCUGGGAGCGGCGGCGUGGAUCCGAGAUUCACUGAACGCCGUCCUGACUCUGACCGCUCACACCAGGCUGGAGGAGGCUGCCGUGCUGACCUUUGCCCCCGUGGUUCAUCCCGUCCUGGUGGUGGUGUGUUGCUUCCUGCUGAUGGUGGCCAUGUUGGGCGUGUGCGGCACGCUGCGCUGUGACCUGGUGAUGUUGUCCUGGUACUUCGGAAGUCUGCUGGUCAUCUUGUGUGUGGAGUUGGCUAGCGCUCUAUGGACCUAUGAGCAGCCCCAUGUGCAGCGCUCUGACAUGAUCAGUCUAAAGUUUCGGAUGUCAAACUUCGGCCUUCGCCAGCAUCAGUGGCUCACACACACCUGGAACACCUUUCAGACAGAGUUUGAGUGCUGCGGGGUGAUCUACUUCACGGAUUGGCUGGAGAUGACAGAGAGGGAGUGGCCACCUGACUCAUGCUGCUCCUAUCAGUAUCCAGGAUGUGCUCGCCGCGCCCACCAGCACGACCUCAGUGAUCUACAUCAAGAGGGCUGCGGUCCAAAGCUGCUGUCUUUCAUCCGCUCCAGCGCGCUGCUGCAGCUGCUGCGCUUCCUGGGCGUGGCCAUGGGCGUGGCCCAGAUCCUGGCCAUGGCUCUGACCCUCAUGCUGCUCUGGACGCUUCACUACGGGCGCAAGUGGCCCAAAGAACAACAAUGCUUGCCGGCGCCACCUGGAGCAGGCCCGCCCGCUGAACAUCACUUACACAUGGAGCCUGUUUCGUAGCAUUAUAUCACAUUACAUAUGGAGACAUACAACUACAACUGCAGAAAUAUUGGCAUGUAAAUAGAGAAUGGAAAUGUGUUGUGGAUGUGCGUGUUUUUGUGUAUUUUUAGUAUGCAUAUCUGUGUAUGGUUUG